AAUGAGCUGGCAUUUUCAUUGUUUGGUAUAAUUCAUAAUAUGCCACAAUGCAUUAUAAUGGUUUUAAGCUUGCCUUGCUUUAGGCAUCAUUUUGUGCACCUCCCUCAAAGCCAUCUCUCCUCUGCUUACAGGUGAAAGAGGUCCAGCUCAGCUACGUAUUUAAAAUCAUAAUCUACAGUCAUCACUCAGGGGCCUGUCAACUCGCCUGGAGCCACCCAGUCUCUGCAUCCGUGAGCCACUCUUCUCCCUAUUUUUAACCUCCACCUCCCCUACUCUCUCCACCCAUCCUCUCCUCUCUCCUCUGCCAGACAUCCACUCGCGAUGGCCUUCAAAGACCGGACCGGGGAGUUUUCGGCUGUGCUCCGCUCGCUGCAGAGUCGCCAGCUCAAUGGAGGUCUGGCGCAGGCGCCUCCGUCCCCGCGGCCGCGCGCCGUGCAGAGGUACGCAGAGUUCAUGCGGAUCGCCAAACUGAUCGGAAAGGACAUCUCCAACACGUACGCCAAGCUGGAGAAGCUGACACAUUUGGCCAAACGCAAGUCCAUCUUCGACGACCGGCCUCUGGAGAUCGAGGAACUGACUCAAAUCAUCAAACACGACAUGGGUAGCCUCAACAAGCAGAUCCUGCAGCUGCAGCAGCUGAGCCGGCAGCGCGGCACCGAGGCGGGCGGCGGCAACGUGCACAACUUCUCCAACAACGUGGUGGUGACGCUGCAGCAGAAGUUGGCCAACAUGUCGUCACAGUUCAAACAGGUGCUCGACGUUAGGACUGAGAACCUGCGUCAGCAGAAGUCUCGCCGGGACCAGUUCUCUCGGGGCGGCGUAUCGUCCAACCUGCCUCCCUCGGCCACCGAGGGCUUCCACCAGGGCUCUGUGCUGCUGGCCGACGAGGCUGCCAGCGCGGCGCGAGCGGACGUCGCCCUGGACAUGGAUGGUGUUCGGGAGAGGCGGCCGGCGGCCGGAGCGGGGGCGGGGGCCGCCGCGCAGCAGCAGCAGAUGAUGCUUAUUGAACAGGAGGACACGCACUACCAGGCGCGCUCGGAGACCAUGAAGAACAUCGAGUCGACGGUGGUGGAGCUGGGCGCCAUCUUCCAGCAGCUGGCGCACAUGGUCAAAGAACAGGAGGAAAUGGUCCAGAGGAUCGAUGCUAACGUCGAAGACACGUCUAUGAACGUCGAGGCUGCCCACACGGAGAUCCUGAAAUACUUUCAGUCGGUGACCAACAACCGCUGGCUCAUGAUCAAGGUGUUCGGCGUGCUCAUAUUCUUCUUCCUCAUCUUCGUCGUGUUCAUGUCCUAGCGCGGAGGUAGACUGGGCGAGCUGCGGCGCCAAGAGUGGUGGGCUGUGAGUGAUGGAACGUACCGUGUAUUGAUACACAGUGAAAUCGUACGCUCGGGAGCGAGCGUAGUUAAUCUAAGCUGACUGGACCUGAUGUUAGACGGCGCUCAGCAGACGGAGUGAGCGACGGUAACCUGAGGAAGCUGGACGAGCGUCGCCUGUAGUUACGGUAGGUGCUCUUUGUGGUCGAGUUAAAAUCUAGAAACAUUUUAUAUCGUCCACGGACGAUAAGCGGGUCAUGUGAUACCGAUUGAUGCCGAUUGCAUGUUUAUAUGCGAUGCCGGGAUAUUUAUCAUCUGAUAGCUCCCUAGCCAUUUGCAAUAUCCACUUGGAUAUUAGUGGUCAUACUAUUUUAUUGCCCUGACACCACCACCACCAUGCCUUUUUAGCGGUAUAUGUAGCGAACUUAUAAUAUUCGACUUCUCUAGGUUUCCCUUUCUAAAGCCAGAAGAAUUGACUACCGUCAACCAAUUAUGGUAGGUACAAUGAUAUGUCAAAGCUAAUCGUAGGAUAUCAAAACUCAACAACCUGAUGUCAUAACUUGCCACAGAAUGUUCGCCCGGCGAUAUAUUUUAUCACGGUGUAUUCCUCUGUGUGGCGUUCGCUCGUACUGCGCCUGCCAGGUCUAACGCAAUACACACUGUUCAAUUAAGACGCAGAUGGGAUCGACUGCUUAGACGUCGAGUCGCAUAGACGUCCCCGUUUGCCUGACGUCUGCGGAUCGCUUCGCUGUGAUGUGUCGUAGACUAUACAACGGGGCGCUAUCUGACACGCUCGAUGAAAGUGUGUGUUUCAAUGGAGUUGUGUGGGGGCACUGCACCGAUAUCUAUCGAACCUGACUGGUUGUAUGUUCUGUGUGUGUGUGUGUGUGUGUGUUGAUGUGUGGCGUUUGUGAAGGGGACACUGAUUGUGGCCAAGGGUAAUGGCGUCCGCAGAGUGAAGUCAUUUGUGAGGGAUAAAUCUUCAUCCUGUGGAGCUUGACGCCUUGAAGUGGACUUGCUUGUUUGAAGAUUCUGCAUCGGUUAUGAUGCAUUUAUGCCUGAAUAAUGUAUUUUAUGUUUAAAAUAUGUGAGCGAUGACCAUGGACCGUUGGUGAUUGGGUAGUGCGAUGUCGAUAAUAUAUUUUGUCUGAGUAUAUUUUGCAUUUAAGCUUCUUUGUGUCAGUAGCUCAAAACUUUGUUUGGCCCGGUUGUAUAAAACUGGUUUAAGAAAAUUCGGUAAGAUGAAGCUGGACUACGGUCGUUCAUCCGACAAUGCUGUCAAAUUAAACUCAACCCGUUGUUUUUAUUUUAUGUCUAAUAAAACCACCCACG